AAAGUGGGUCGUUCGUUCGGCCAAAUAAUAAAACGACAAAUAUUUAGUUUGAAUUGUUCGCUGCGUGCAAUAAAUUCGUGGGACAAAUGAGUAGCAAUAAAAUCAAAUUCAUUUUAAAUACCUCGGUCGAUUAUUUUUCACUGCAUGGAAAAAAUAAUACGUAUGAUGAUUUGCCGAUAAGAGAAUUUCUCGAAAGCAACGAACUAACGGUGUUGGCAGCCAUAAAUCAUGGCGAUAAACUGAUUUUCAACCACAGUAUAACCGAAGAUGAAAAUUGUUUAGUUUUCUACAAAAUUCCACAAAUCGGCAACAACACAACGGCAGUUGCACGGCAAUCGAGCACUGACGAUGACAACGCUACCGUAUUUCCAUUGGGUAUACUGACGCUGGAAGGUGGUUUGGCUAAAUCUAUUUAUAAUUCGAUAUCAAGAGUCUAUUCACCGUAUGUUGCCAAGAAAAUUCAAUAUCCAGCUGAUCUGGAAGUGCUUAUCGAAAAUUUACAUUCGAAGUUGGGUUCAACACUUGGUUUGCCUCAAUCAAGUAUUCACUCGAUUCAACAUGAAAUAAAUUUUUGGAGCGAAAAGUCCCGAAAUGCAUCGGCCAAAUCGGAUAAAGAAGCGGCAAACGUGUUUUCGAUCGCUAUUGACAAGCUGAAUCAACUGCUCAGAAACGUUGCCACUAUCAAUUCACUCGAAGAAUUCCUGGACAGCAUCCAUACUCAACUGGAUGAAUUAUGGCGACUACCGCAAAACUAUCCGCAAAAUCGAAUGAUUGAUCUAAUGGAUAUUAUUUCGCUCAACGUUACGGAAUUUUGCUCGGAUCGGCUCAACGAAAUUGAUGAUGUUUGGGAUGUCAAAUCGUUGCAUGUGUUUCAAACAUUGAAUGAUAUUAUCGAGGUGAUUGAGUCUUGGAUACAAGUGUGCGACUCGCUAACGCGAUUAUUUUGGCCGAAUUACUCUCGACACGCCUGGAUUGGUGGCCCGCAUAUACCGAAAACAGCAACGCAACACUUGAAACGACUAGAGGAUAUUCAAGCCAUUCGCAAUGUUUACAAGGAAAUCGUGUGUUUAUUCAACGAAAUCAAUCAGAUAGACAAAAGCGUUCGACGGAUAUUCAUUCCAUUCAGAGAUAUCGUUAUUUCUGACAUCAGCACCAUCGGUGAGAAAAAAUGGAAACGAGCCAUGGAAAAGUAUGAACAAAUUCUUGAACCGAUUUACGAAAAAAUCUCCAUGAUAUUGAAAUCGAAGCUACACACUCACCUGGAUGAGCCCACCGAAAUCAUACACAUUUUUCUCAAAUAUGAAACAAUUCUGAAGAGUGCCGAUAUCAUGGAAUUGCUGUCGGCCGAACGGCAACAUUUCUUGCAAUCACUUUAUAAAUUGAUGAAAGAGCUCAAGGAAUUGUUGGCCGAACCAAAAAAAUGUCCGGAGGAUUCGGAAAUUUCCGCACUUUGUUGGGAAACCAAAGAAUUGAAACUAUUUCAAAAUGAACUGAAUCAAAUAGAAAAAGUGCUAUUCGUGGUUGUCGAUGUCGAUGGAUAUGAUACGAUCAAAAAAUCAUUGGACGCUUUAAGGGAAGAAACGGACAAAUGGUUGAAAUCCAAUUUUGAACAGUGGCGCGAUGAUUCUUUGGCAUCAAUAUCAAUGGGUGAUUUAAUCUUAAAAGAUGACAAGCCGGUGGUGGAGUUCGAAAAAGAUGGUCGUCAGCUGAUGCAAGUGACGUUCAAACCGAAAUUGGUGAUGUUUUGCAGCGAUGUACGUGAAUUUGAAGACCUCGGCUUUCGCAUUCCAAUUGAAUUGAGAAACACAGCGAUGCAUGCAAUUAAAUUUAUGGGCUACGCACGAAAAUUACAACAAAUUGCCACAUUUCAUAAUACAAUCGGCGAUCGAAUGAUACCGUGUGUUCGGCCAAUUAUGUUGCAAAGUGCUUUGAAAUUAUCGAAUUUAGUUCGGAGCGAAUCGGUUGCAUGGAACGACGAAAAUUCAGUGGAACGUUAUGUGUCAACACUGCAAGUUGCCGUGAAUAAUCUGUCUCGUGAUAACAAUUUGCUCACCGAGUACCAUGAAAAGACGAAAAUAAUUGUCAUGCGAUUAAUGAACACUGACUUGCUGCGUCAAAACGAUGUAUGGAGAGAUGAAAUGAAGAACCUACGAAACAUUGUCACAACGCUGGAAACAAAGGGCUAUACAAAUUUGCAAGCGUUCAAAAUUCAUUGGGAUCAUCAGCUGUACAAAGUGUUAGAGUACCAGUAUUUAAUUGGCAUUUCCGAUUUGAGCCAUCGUCUGCCCGAUAUUAACAUUGACAUUGUGUUCAGACAGCAAGAGAUUCAAUAUCGUCCGACAAUGGAAGAAAUACGUUCCAUGUACUACUCACAACUGAGACGAUUCAUCGAAAGACCACUCACAUUCAAGGGGCUUUCCGAUCAAAGCACAAACAUUUUCAAAGUUAUGGUUGAUAUCAAUCGGGAUCGCUUUGCAGCACUUUAUGACAAAGCUGAAACGUUAUUCAAGCAAUUGAUUGAAUUUCAAGCAGCCUGGCGACCGUUUGUCAUUCUGGGCUGUGUGAAUUUGGAAGAUUUAUGCGAAAUUUAUUUGAAGUCCAGAGAUGAUUGGGACAAGAAUUUCAAAGCUUGCAAACAAUUCAGUCAACAAAUUGCUAAAAUUCCAGGAACUGAGAGUCGAAUUGACUGUUUCGUAAUCAAUACGUCACCGAUUCGAUCGGAUAUUGAGUUCAUUAGCCGUAAAUAUUGGGAAACACUGACAUACAGUUUGCGUUCAUCAAUUUUGAAGGAUUUGACCACGCUUCAAGACUUUUUGAAUAGAUCGUCACAAGUUUUGCAAACGGUUGCCGUGACAGAAGAGCAAUAUAUUGAAGAGUCAGCAUUGAAAUGCGAACAAAUUGUUGGUGAAUUAAUAGCGAUGGAACAAAUUUUAAAUUCAGUACAGGCGAAGGACUCAUGUUUGGCUGGUUGGUGUCGUGAGCGAGUGAGUGCGUUGAAUGGGAUAUUGAAUCAAUGGGAACAACUGCAGCCGUUGAUUGAUAACCACAGUGCAACUUUGCGAGUGCAAAUUGAUGUCUUGAAGAAUCAGGUUGAAGUGCAAAUGACUAAUUUGAAGGAUGAGAUCGAAAAGUUUGAGAUUCGUUGGGAUUCAACCAUAGCCGAAUUGGAGCAAAAUGAAGAAGCCAACUUGGAAUUAUUCAAAGAUCGUUUACGCGGUUGGCUUGCGAUUGAAGAGCAAAAGGAGAAAUUGGAAAGCAGUUGUAAAAAGUAUAAUAUGACAUUUUCGCAAGAAAUUUCCGAUAUUUUUGACAAAAUAACGUUGGACAUCGAGAGUCAAGGACAACAAUGGAAAGAUUUUGAGCAGUUUUUGAGUGAAUAUGAAAAUAUUUGCGGUGAAGAAUGGACGGUUUACCGAAGAAGGCCGUAUAUUUUGACGGAUUUCAUGUCGAAAUGGUUGGGCAAAACGAGCGCAACAAAUGAUCAAAAAAUUGCCACCAAAAGAAUCAACAAAAUUUUGGACAGUCUUCAAACAGCAUCGCCCGUUUUACAAACGCUCCAAAGCGAUGGAUUGACAGAAAAGCAUUGGGCGAAAAUUUUCCACCUUAUGAACAAACCAUACAAACCAUUUCACGAUAUUACACUCAAAGACAUACUGAGCGAUUUGGAUAUGUUGGAGAAAAAUGCGGGCGAAAUUCAACAACUAGUGAGAAAAGCCGCUUCAGAGCAAAUUGUACGUCAAGCUUUAGGUGAAUUGGAUCAGUGGGGAGUUCAAGCCGAGCUGAAAACAUUCCAUCACACUGAUUCGUUGGGAAAUAAUGUUACACUUAUCAAAGAAUUUCAAGAAGUUCAAAAUAAGGUUGGUGAUAAUCAAUGCCUGCUACAAUCUGCGAAAAACUCAUCGGCAUACGAUUCGUAUGCUGAUCAAGCUGACAUUUGGGAAUCGCGUCUCGCUUCAAUUGACCAUAUUUUAACAAGUUUAAGUCAAAUCCAACGAAAAUGGAUUUAUUUGGAGCCAAUUUUCGGCACCGAAAAUCCCCUUUCCGAAGGUGCAGCAUUCAAGCAAAUCAAUAAAGAUUUCCGUUAUAUCAUGAAGGAAAUUGCGAGCGAUCCACGAGUUUUAUCGUUGGUUAAAAUUCAUGGUAUAACUAAUAUCAUUGAUUCGCUCGAAAAUCAACUGAAUCGAUGCCAAAGCACAUUGACAGCUUUUAUAAAUACAAAACGCAAUGCAUUUCCACGGUUUUAUUUCCUCAGUGAUGAUGAUUUGUUGGAAUUGCUCGGUCAAUCGACGAAAGAGCCAAUCAUUCAAAAGCACAUAAAAAAACUAUUCCCCGGAAUCAAUCGCUUGAAAAUCGAUCAAAAAAGUGGUUCGGCAUCGAUAAUGAAACUAGUGAGUGCGGAAAAUGAAGAGGUGAAAUUAUUGGAGCCCCUUUCAAUGGUUGGUCCAAUUGAAAUAUGGCUAAGCCAUUUGCUCAAGCAAAUCAAAAUUACGUUAAUCGAUUUGAUUGUGCGAUGCUGUCAAACGGAUAAAUUCACCAUUGACGUGAUAAAAUCGUAUCCGGAACAAGUGCUUUGCCUGGCCCGAUCCAUUCAAUUCACAAAACAAACGGAAAAAGCGAUUAGUGCGAUGAAUCUUCAAGUGCAUUUAAAAUCGAUUAAAAAUGACAUUGUUUACUAUACCACGAACAUUGCAAAGGACGUGGAUAUGUUAACGAAAAUCAAAGUGCGUUCCAUUUUAUUGGAUUUGGUGCAUCAGGCGACCAUUGUGCAACAAUUAAUCGACGAAAAUGUUACGAAUGUUUUGGAUUGGGGUUGGAUGCAACAGAUGAAAUUCUUUUUGAAUUCCAGCACCAAAAUGGUGAACGUGAAAAUGGUUUCGGCCGAAUUUGAGUAUUCCUACGAAUAUUUGGGCAAUGUGAAUCGUUUGGUCGACACAAAACUCACCCACAACUGCUAUUUAACAUUGACACAAGCAAUGCAGCUGGGCUUGGGUGGAAAUCCAUUUGGACCGGCAGGAACGGGUAAAACUGAAUGUGUAAAGUCUUUGGGCGCAAUGUUGGGUAGAUUAGUGCUUGUGUUCAAUUGCAGUGAGAAUGUUGAUGUAACCGCAAUCAGUUUAAUUCUGGCCGGUUUAGCCAGAUGCGGAGCGUUUGGUUGCUUUGAUGAAUUCAAUCGUUUGCAAGAGGCAACAUUAUCCGUUCUUUCGAUGAUUAUUCAACCAAUUCAAACGGCCAUUCAGCAGAAAAGUGAUACGGUCACGAUUUUUGAUGAAAAAAUACCGUUGAAUUUGCACUGUGGUAUUUUUGUGACACUAAAUCCGGCUGGCGAGGCAUAUGGCGGCCGACAAACGUUGCCAUCCAAUUUGCAGGCACUAUUUCGGCCGAUAGUUAUGCAACAGCCGGAACCAAAGGAUAUUGCCCGUGUUAUCUUGUUUGUCGAGGGAUUUGAGCAUGCUGAAACAAUUGGUGCGCGAAUGGUGGAAUUGUUUAACAUGGCUAAAAAGAUGCUCUCACCGCAAUGCCAUUACGAGUGGGGCUUACGUGAACUGAAAACGGUUUUGCUCGCCUGUGGCCGUUUUUUAAAACAAAUACCGAACAAGCACCAGCAGCCACAGCCGCAGCAGCAACAACAUGAUAAAGACCUUGAGAUGCGUUUGGCCGUUAAUGCACUCCGUAUGAACACUAUGUCGAAAUUAACAGCCAGCGAUUGCAAGCGAUUUGAUAUGCUAAUUGGAUAUGUUUUUGCGAACACAACCAUCGAUAAGAUGCAACAAAAUGUUUUGCAGCAAUCCAUUGGGCAGGCGUUCGAUCAGUUGAAUUUGCAGCAAAAUGAAAAACAAUUGGAAAAGUGCUUACAGCUAUAUGAGCAAUUGGAAAAGCGGAUGGGUGUCGUUGUGCUAGGACCGCCAAACUGUGGAAAAACUACCAUUAUAUCGCUAUUGAAACAAGCCAUUAUGAACACCGGCAAAGUAAUUAAAACUUAUACGAUUUCACCGAAAUCGAUGAGUCGGACACAGCUACUCGGCCACCUAGAUCCGGAUACGCGGCAAUGGAAUGAUGGCACAUUAACAUCGGCUGCGAUUGCUGUUAGUGAAGAAAAUGCCGAUGCAAGUUCAUGGAUCAUAUGCGAUGGCGAAAUUGAUCCGGAUUGGAUUGAAGCGUUAAACUCGGUGUUGGAUGACAACAAACUUUUGACACUGCCAUCCGGUUGGCGCAUUCAGUUUGGUGACAAUGUUAACUUUAUUUUCGAAACGCACGAUCUUAUUCAUGCGUCGCCGGCAACCAUUUCCCGAAUGGGAAUUGUGAACUUAAGUGCAUCCGAUUUGUCCGAGCAAAUAGUAUUUGAUUCAUGGAGCAUCAAGCAAUCGAAUCCAGAUGUCUACGGGUCACUUAUUCAACAGUAUGUUGUCAAAGCGUUUGAUUGGUUACAAAAGAAAUCGAUUGAGAUAUCGAGAAUCGGAAACAUUUGCAACAUUCUGACGUAUACGAGUGGUGUGCGAUUGAAGGAAGACUUUUGUGUACGACUCAUUUACUGCUUGGGCUAUGCAUUGGAGCCAAAGCAUCAGAGUGAAUUGGCAACAAAGAUAUUGGAAUGGGCAGACAUUUAUAUCCCAAGUGGAAAGGAGGCAAAGUAUUGUUUUUUCAACAAGUAUCGCGAAGCGGUUGAAUUGCACGAGUCCGAUGGCAUGGUCGAAAUUGAUUCAAUCGAUAAUAUAGCCAAUUUUUUGAUAAAAACAACCAAAAUUAAAACAUAUUUGAAUAUUCUGAAAAUUUAUCUCGAAGAGGGCGUUCCAUUUAACAUUAUUGGUCCGUCUGGAUCAGGCACUAGUCUUUUACUAAGAGCAGCCGUCGUAGAUUUAGAUAGUUAUCAACUAUUGACAAUAAAUUGCAGCUCUCAGCUAACUGCAUCUUAUGUUUUAUACAUGUUGAAACAGAACUCCAUGGUUAUAUCAGGUUUAAAGGGUCGUGAAUACAAGCCACAUCUCAAUAAAACGGUGCUAUUUUUCAAAAAUAUCGAUCUAUGCAACUUCGAUCAGUAUGGUACUUGUGAAAUUAUGGAACUCAUUGUUCAGCUCAUUCGACGAUCAGGUUUCUAUACCGAAUCACUGGAAUGGAUAAAUGUGACCGACUUGAUUAUUUGUUGUUCAAUGGUCAAUAUUCAAAAGCGCAACUUUUCACCACGGUUUUUAUCAAUAGUUCAGAAUUUCCAUGCCGAAUUUCCAAACGACACUGAGCUUCAUCUGAUAAUGAAAAAUCAAUUCUUGCCGAUGAGUCUCCGUUUUAAGCCGGCUGUCAAUUCCAGACGUAUUGAUCAAAUUGUCGAAUGCCUAAUUGAAAUAUAUAACGAGAUGAACAAAAACUUCACACGAGAUCAACGGAAUCAUUACAUUUUUACUCCAAAAAUGCUGUCGCGGUUGAUUGAAGGAUUGAAAUUUUACCCGGAGAACUUUUUCCAACAAGCAUUUUACAAUGAGAUGAAGUGUAUUUUCCGUAAUCGGCUCAUUGCUGAGGAACAUAAAGAGCAAUUUGAUCGAAUUUUACAUUCGACGAGUCGCACUCUGUUUGACGUGGAUCAAACGAAUUACUUUUUUGUGCCAAGUGGCAACCAGUCGACUGCGUUGCAGUAUGUGAUUCAACAGGAUUGGACAGAUAUUGUUAAACGAAACAUCACGAUUUGCAACACCGAAGACAUCGUUUUGUACACCGUGGUCAAUGAUCUGCUUUUAGAGACAACCGCUUCCAUUUGUCGCACUCUUUCACGAUCCGAAUCACAUGUAGUGCUGGCCGGUCCAACCGGUUCAUUGAAAAUCGAUGCUCUUCAUAUCGCUUGCAAAUAUUUAGGCAUCAAAAUUGCAUCAAUCACACCCGUGAAGAAUUACAAUAUGAACGAUUUUUAUAAUGACUUGAAAUUGGCAAUGCAAUCCGCUGCACUGGAAGAACAUCAUGUGACAUUUUGUAUUGAACAUUCAUGGAUUUCUUAUUUGCCCGAAAUUAUGAAUCCGGUUGAGGCUGUGUUGGAAGGCAGUGAAAUUCCCAAUCUAUUUGGUGAUGAUCUUGAGUCGUUGGCGAAACCAUUGAAAUCAAUGGCACAACAGGAGGGUUUUCAAGAAUCAUUAAGCGCUUAUUUUUGGUUUAGAAUAAAGCAACGCCUUCACAUUGUUCUUUGCUUGGAAAGUGAAAGUCAUAACACUGAUGAGCUGUUUGAGAGUUAUCCAUCGCUUUACAAAUGCACUGACAUCAUUUGGAUGGCGAGCACUGCAAUUGCAUCACCAGAAUAUGUGGCCAAAGAAUUGACCGAAAUGUUUUGCGGAGACUCAGUUCCAGCCCCAAAGCAUUUGAAUAUACUUGAAAUUUGCUCUACCGAAUGGAACCAAUCAGAAUAUCGUUUCCAAAAUCUAAUCUUCACCUACGGCACUUUGUACAGAGAUAUGUUGUUUAGUAUACAAAAACAGCAAAAUAUUCUACAGGCUGGCGUUGACAAGCUUUCAUCAGCUCAUGAAGUAGUUCGGAGCUUGAAGCAAGAAGCCGAAAAGCAAGAAGUUGCCUUGGCUGAGAAGAGAGAAAUGGCAAACAAUGCACUGGAAAUGAUUGCAACGACUAUGAAAAGCGCUACGAAUCAAAAGAGUGAUUUGCUUGAAUUGAAAAAUAAAGCCCAAGAAAAUGAGGUACUGUUAAAGAAUCGAAAAGAAGCCGUGGAGCUUGAGUUGCGUGAAGUUGAGCCGAUGUUGCAAGAGGCAGUUUCAGCAGUGGGCCAAAUCAAAACGGAAGCACUGUCCGAAAUUCGGUCGCUGCGUGCUCCACCCGAUAUUAUUCGUGACAUUUUGGAGGGAGUUCUUCGGUUAAUGGGAACACGUGAUACGUCGUGGAAUAGCAUGAAAUCGUUCCUUGCAAAACGUGGUGUCAAAGAAGACAUUCGAUCACUGAAUCCAUCUCGUAUCAGCGUGGAAAAUUGUAACGCAGUCGCAAAACUCAUGAGCACAAAAGCAGAGUCGUUUGAUGUAAAAAAUGCGAAACGUGCCUCAGCUGCGGCUGCUCCGCUGGCCACAUGGGUCAUUGCAAAUGUGAAAUACUGCAAAGUGGUGCAAAGCAUUAGGCCGCUGGAAGAAGAACAGGAACAGUUGCAGAAAAACUUACGCGAAUCGGAAAACAAUAUGAAAUUACUGAAGAGUGGCCUGGAUGAUGUCGAUGCUCGCGUCAAAGAGCUGUCGAUUCAACUAAAUAUUUAUACUCAAGAAGCGGCUGUUCUAGAAGUUAAACUUGACACAGCCAGAAAGACACUUCAAUCGGCCGAAGUGCUGGUGACUAAACUCAGUACUGAGUAUGCCAAUUGGAAGAUGCAACUGCAAGAUAUCAACAAGAAUAUCGAUCAAAUCGAAUUGAAUUCAUUCCUCAUUGCAUUAUCAAUCACACACUUAUCACAUCUUACUUUUGAAAAUCGACAGGAAAUGAUGGCGCAGAUUUAUGUGAAGCUCAAGCUCGAAGAUGUCAAUAUAAUGGACAAAAUUCUAUCUGAUCAAGAUCGCAUAAUCUGGGAAAGUAUGGGUCUCACCCCGGAUGUUCAAUCGAUGGAAAAUGCUGCAUUGUUGACAAAAAUGCUAACGACUGCUUUUGGUUCAACACCCGUUCCAAUGCUAAAUGAUCCAACAAAAAGCGCCGUCAGUUGGUUGGUGAAGUAUUUGAGCUCAAAAGAAAUCGCAUAUGAAAUCGCAACGCAACACUCAGAUCGAUUCACAUACACUCUGGAGUUGGCCAUUCGAUUUGGCAAAGUGCUCAUUGUCGACGAUUGCAAUGAAAUCAAACCACCGUUGUUAACGAUCAUUUCGACCACAAUUCAAAUGCGGUUCAAUAAGAAGUUCCUUCAAGUUGGCAACAAAUUGGUCGAUUUCAAUGAAAAUUUCAAAGUGAUCUUAUCAUCGCGUGGAACUGUGAAUUUUACAAAUAAAACCGGAAUUAUUGACACAUACCUAACGGUUAUUCCGUUUACAACUACGGUGGCUGGACUAACAGAUCAACUAAUGAGCAAGUCAAUUCAAGUUAAGCAACCGGAACUCGAAACAAAACGCAUUUCAUUGUUACAAAAUGAAAGCGAUUUGCUUAAGAAGAGAGAGGAACUGCAAGAGAAACUCUUGCUUGAACUGUCGAAAUCCCAAGGCGAUAUUUUGAAGAAUGAAAAAUUGUUGCAAACAUUGAAUGAGGUGAAGACAAGUAGUUCCCAAAUCGAUUUGUCGUUGCAAGAAUCAGCCGAAAUUAAACGGAAAUUAAUGGGCGAGUAUGAGCAGUACAAAGAUGCAUGCAGCCGUGCGGCCAGUUUGUAUGUGGGCAUUAAUCAAAUCUACGUGAUGCCUGUCAAUGUUUUCAUGUCGCUCUAUGUGAAGAGCAUCAGCCUUGAAAAGGAAUUUGAUCAACGCCGUAUAUUCGAACAAGUGGUCAAGUCAACGUACAAUAUGAUAAGCCGAGCGUUGCCAAAAGAUGAACACUUUGCACUUGCAUUGCAUAUACUCAAAGGAUCACGCCCCGAACUUGUUCCCGAAAAGGAAUGGGAAUCAUUCAUCACAAAUUUUGCGCUCGUCGAUGAGAGUGGCGAUCAUAAAAUACCAAGUUGGAUUAAAAAGAAUAUUGCACCUAAAGUAGUAUCACUGAAACUAAACCAUUAUGAUUUGUACAACAUACUUCAGCUUGAAAAUGAAGGUCUUUGGCGUUCAUUUAUGAACAGUACCACGCCAACUGAUCUUCCCGUGCAUGUGACUGAGUUGCAAAAAAUAUUGGUAACACAAAUUUUCCGACCGGAUUUGCUCAUCACCACAAUGACGCGAUCACUAUCGAAGCUUCUCAUGACGAAUGUUCCAUGCGAAAUAAAGCCGAGCAUCCAGCAAUUGUUCGAUGAAACCAGAGAGGAUGAGCCAAUUCUGUUUAUAACAAAUGGUGAGAUUGAUCCAUCGAAAGAUGUGUUGGAUUUCUCUCAGCACAAACUUGGGCCCAACAAAUUCAUGGAAAUGGCCAUUGGCAAGGGCCAAGAGAAUGGUGUCAUGCAGCAAAUUCGCCAGACGGCACAAAAUGGCAAUUGGAUUUGCGUGAAAAAUGUGCAACUCGUGCCAAAUUGGCUGAACGAACUCAAUGAAAUGCUGCAAACACUUCCGUAUCGUGAUGGAUUCCGUAUUUGGCUGGUUUGCGAUGGUACUCGUCAUUUUCCACAAUCUUUGCUGAACAAAUGCAAUAAAGUCCUGUAUGAGGCACCAAACAGUAUAAAAUCGAAAGUACAACGGUUAAUUCAACAAUGGAGGAGCCUGCUAGAGAAGAAACGUGAUGCUAAACUUUUGAAGGUCUACAUCGUGUUGUUCAUUUUUAAUGCGGUCAUUCAAGAGAGGCGAGGCUUUGUGCCACAGGGAUGGACUAAACCAUACGAGUUCUCAGAUGCAGAUUUGAAAGCAGCCAUUGAUAUCAUCGGAUCGAUGGAGAAAAUGACAUCGUUUAAAAUGGACUGGUCCAUUUUGAAGGAAUUAUGUCGUUUGAUCGCAUAUGGUGGACGAAUCGAUAAUGCACAGGAUCAAUUGAUUUUGAAAGCAAAUUUCGAUGAAUUUUUCACCGAUAAGAUGAUGACCAAUUCAUGGACACCGCUUGAACUCAAAUGCCCCAUUCCAUUGUCGUAUAACGUUCAAGACUAUUUGAAUGCAUUGUAUCGACUACCCGACGCUGAUAAUCCAGAAACAUUUGGCUUGUCAUCGGUUACGAUCCUGAUUCGAGACUCAAUCAUGUGUCGCAAUAUUUUAAAGCAGUUGAGACAAUCGGAAUUGACGAUGGAUACUCGGAAUUUCGACAAAAGAAUUAAACCGAUUCUUAGUCUGUGGAGAAAAUUAAACGAGGGCGUGAAUUUGACUCAUUCAAGCGAUAUAAUUCAAAUGCAAAAUAGUGACUCUGCGAAACCUUGGACAUUGUUCGUGAUUUCAGAGCUUUUGAUGGCCAAAAACAUAUUCAAAGCAAUUCACAGUACGUUGAGUAUGAUUCAUAUUGCAAUGAAGGAUGUGUCGUCGCUGACGCGUGAUACGUUGAAUUUGAUUCGAAUAAUAUGUGAAAAUCAAGUGCCAUUCAAAUGGCGCCAGAUUUGGUCGGGACCACGGUUCAUUGUUGACUAUAUCAAAGCGGUUGUUAGUCGCUGCACAGAGGCGGAACGGCGUUAUCAAGGUAGCAUUCACAUUGAUUUUUGUGAUGAAAUCGAUUUCGCCAAAGUGUAUAACGUGGAAUCAUUUUUGGCUGCAUUAAAACUGAAAAAUGCACGCGAACUUGAUACUUCAACGUGUGAAUUGGAGCUUGUCUCCAGUUUAAAGGGUCAAGUGCACACAUUACCCACAACGAAAAUAACUGUCACAUUGCUAACGGUCGAUGGCGCGGCAUGGAAGGACAAUAAAAUUGUAUUGAACUUACCCGAAUUUGGUUCGCCGUCAAUAAUUAAGAAUCUAACAAUGACCUACACCACAAAAUCCAUUCACAACGACAAAAAUAUCGUUGAAUUGCCGUUGUAUAGCAAUUCGACACGUAAUGCUUUCAUUUGUUCGCUGAAAGUGGUGGCAGGUGCCCCUUGCGAUUCGGUCAUUCUGUCUGGUGCUGCACUCAUUGUAGCCGACAUGUGAACGAAUAUCGUACGAUUGAAUGAAUUAACCCAUUAUAUUAUUAUGUAAACCACUACAAACGUUUAUUAU